AUGAAUCCUCAGAUCAGUCAAACACAGAUGAAUCCUCAGAUCAGUCAAACACAGAUGAAUCCUCAGAUCAGUCAAACACAGAUGAAUCCUCAGAUCGGUCAAACACAGAUGAAUCCUCAGAUCGAUGAAACACAGAUGAAUCCUCAGAUCAGUCAAACACAGAUGAAUCCUCAGAUCAGUCAAACACAGAUGAAUCCUCAGAUCAGUCAAACACAGAUGAAUCCUCAGAUCAAACACAGAUGA